UAUCGUAAAGCAAGUAUGUUUGUCUCAACGCGGAUCGUUACCAUAGCAACAGUGAAAAUGGCAACAACUAUGGCGGCCGGAGAAGAACGUGCUGCUUCUGAGGUUCUGAGAGCGCUUGCUCGACAUCUAAACUGUCUCAACGAAGACAGCAAAACCACAAGAAAACGAGCGCUUGAAGCAAUCAAAAGAGAAACUAUUGAUAAAGGGCUUUCGAGCGGCGUGUUGCAGGAGGUUUUCACGUGUCUGCUGAAGUCGCUCCUGAAAUGCCUGUCAGAUCCUAUGGAAAGAUGCAGAGAGACUGCCAUACACAUGCUUGGAGAUUUUAUUCGGUGUGUUCCUCAACCGGAGGAUUCGUUGCCUUAUCUCAUGCCCGCUUUGACGCAGCGGCUCGGCGGGAAAGAGAUCCUGGAGCCCGCGGAGGAACUUAGGCUGUCCAUGGUGGAGGUUCUGACUCUCACAGUGGAGGUGUGUGGCAGGCACCUAGCUCCCUACCUCGACGAUAUGAUGAAGAUAUUACAGAGAACUAUUGUCGACCCUUUCCCAGACGUCAAAAGGGAGAGUUGCAAAUGCACUGUUCAUUUUGCAAAAAGUGUGCCAGAACAUUUCCACAUGCAGGCAGAGAGCCUGGUCAAGCCCCUGAUGCAGACCAUCUCCCAUCAGCAUUCCCGUGUGCGUGUGUCCACCAUCGAGGCCACUGGAGCGGUCAUCCAGUACGGCACGGGGAAGAACGUGGACGAUGUGCUCUCUCACCUGGCACAGAGGCUGUUUGACGACUCACCACAGGUGAGAAAAGCUGUGACUGUGGUUGUUGGUGACUGGCUGCUCCACCUGCGAGACAGAUACUCCUACUUCCACAAGCUCAUCCCCCUCCUACUGAGCAGCCUCAGCGAUGACAUCCCAGAGAUUAGUCAACGAGCUGCUGACCUGUGGAGGCAGACAGGCGCUCUGUGGGAGCAGGAGAAUGAGGAUGACCUGAAGGACAAGAUGGACUUCCUCCUGACCCCACCUGACCUCUACCCUGCUGGAGUGGCGCGUCCGGGCCUGGGCUGCAGGGAGCUGGUGGUGAGGAACCUGUCCAACCUGCUGCCGGCGCUGGCCCGCGACGUGGUUGACUGGGUGGCGGGCACGCGGGUCAAGACGGCCCAGCUGCUGUAUGCCCUGCUGCUGCACGCUGAGGACCACUGCACCCAGCACCUGCAGCUGCUGCUCUCCACGCUGUACCGCGCCUGCAACGACCCCGAGAGCGACGUGGUCACCAACGCAGUGUAUCUGGACCAGUUGCUGUCCUGUGUGGAUGUUCUGUUGUCUGUGUGUGAGAAGGACUGUUGCUCUGUCAGUCUACAGCUGUUACAGGUGCUGGUUACUGUCCAGAGCCUCUCCACUGAGCCACUGCUCACUGACAAGGCAGAGCAGAGCGUAGUGUCUCUAUGUAAGGUCCAGGUUCUGCCUACAGUAGCUGACCUCUACAGGCAGCACAUGAAUCAGCUGCUCCAGUGGCUCUCAGCCUCUCAGAAGACCUGGACCAGCUACUCCCCCCAGAGACUGCAGCUCCAGGUCAUCGCCACCCAAUCAGGCCCAGUCAUUGGAGAGUUCCUGCCCUUGCUAAUGCCCCUUCUGCAGAACUGUCUCGACCCAGAGAGAGACCCUGAGAUGAGACUACACAUGUUCACCAUGCUGUCCAAACUGCUGCUGGACGCUACACACACACUGGACUCCCAGGGGAGGUUCUGCGAGCACCUGGAUGUGUUUCUAUUGGAGUUGCUGCUACCUAACCUGGUGUGGAAGGCAGGUAGUACUGCUGCAGCUAUCCGUACCUCAGCUCUCAGCUGUCUGCUAGCCCUGCUGCAAGGGGGAGCCAUCCCGCCCAGCCAGUUACUGGCUGUAGAGGAGAGGCUGAGCCCCCAGGUGUUGUCUGCUCUAGAGGAAGACUCUCAGCUGUCCAGACUACUGGCCUGUCGCUCUCUGUCCACCCUGCUCAAACUGAUAGGACCCAGUCUCCACCCAGAUGCCCUGAACAACAUCUACCCUGAGGUGCUGAAGCGUCUGGAUGACAGCAGUGAGGAGGUGAGGGGCGUGGCCCUCAGGGCUCUGGGCCUAUGGCUUGCCUCCUUGGGGAAAGACUACAACUCCCAGCUCUACAGUCAACACCUGGAGGUCCUGUUCCAGCAGCUGCUGCUGCACCUGGACGACCCAGACAGCCGCGUGCAGGACACUGUGCUUGAGGUCCUGAAGACCGGCAGUGGUGUCCACCCAGCCCUCCUUAAGCAGGAAGUGGAAGCCGUGAGGGACAAACAGCGCACCCCUGUCUACUGUGACCAACUGCUCCAGCACAUCCACUCUCUACGCAAGGAUACGGUGUAGAGAUGCAUAGUAUUGGAAAGAUCUACUGAUGCGACAAUACUGGUCAAAUGAAGAUCCUAUAUCUGUAUAUAAUCUAGACAUCAUAUAGAUUAUAUUUCUAUGACAUACCAAGAAAAACAAACCUGGAACUGCCCCUCUCACAAAUGGUCAUGUCCAGCAUGGACUCUCUCCCUCUCACAUACAGUAUAUACACACACAGCUGUCACUAAGAGAGUGAUACAAUGAUAUGGGCAUUCCGAGAUACGACUUGACACAUUGUAUCUAUGUGUCUAACAGCACUAAGGCAGGUAUCUAUUUGUUGUACCCUGUACAACAAGAACAUUGUCAAACUGCUUAGGUUCUCUUAGAGCUCCAACUGUUACCCUUUCCUUUUUCAAAUCCACCCCAGAACACAGGGUUGUACUCUGUGAUUUUGUUUGUUCAUUACUAUGCUUUUUAAUUGGUUCCUCAAAAAGUGUGUUUAUUGAACUCUUAUCAGAAAAUAUUUUAUAUGUUGAUUGUUGAUAUUUCAUUCUGUUGUGCCUUGAUUUCUAGACUGAAUUGACUGUUUAUCUUUGAUAAAUAUAAUACAUUUUCACUAA